AAAAGACGUACAAAGCACGAAAAAUGUUAUUCUUUGCGAGAAACGGAUAAUAUAUUGCUUUAUAUGGUCAGAGAAUAGAUAAAAACCAUGGCUAGAAACAGUGAGAAGGCCAUGACCACCUUGGCCAGGUGGAGGGCUGCUCAUCUGGAAGACAAGACAAAAGAACAGGAAAGAAGGCCUUACCUUGCAACAGAAUGUGAUGACUUAAAGAAGGCUGAGAAAUGGAGGAGACAAAUCAUCGGGGAAAUUUCUAGGAAGAUGGCACAGAUUCAAAAUGCUGGUCUUGGAGAAUUCAAACUGAGAGAUCUGAACGAUGAAAUCAACAAACUUCUACGUGAAAAGGGUCACUGGGACGACCAGAUUAAGGCACUAGGUGGUCCCGAUUACAAGAGAGUUGGACCAAAGAUGCUGGACAAAGAAGGGAAAGAAGUCCCAGGAAACAAGGGAUACAAGUAUUUUGGUGCCACGCGAGAUCUCCCUGGGGUCAGGGAGUUGUUUGAACAAGAGCCUCCCCCACUUCUCAGAAAAACACGAGGCGAGCUGAUGAAAAAUAUAGAUGCUGAUUACUAUGGUUACAGAGAUGAGGAUGAUGGACGUAUUCUUCCCCUGGAACAGGAAAUGGAGAAAAAAGUAAUGGCUCAGAAAAUAAGAGAAUGGAAAGAAAAAAAGGAAGCCAUUGUCCGAGGGGAAACCCAGGAAGAAAAGGAAAUGGAAACGGAGGAGGAAGAACCUUUGUACCAGAGAGAGGAGUAUGUGGAUGAAGUGAUGGCAGAACCAGAGGAAGAGAAAUCAACAGAGGAAGAACAUUUCAUUGCUCAUGUACCUGUACCCUCCCAGAAAGAGAUUGAGGAGGCUCUUAUACAGAGAAAGAAGAUGGAGCUCUUACAGAAAUAUGUCAGUGAUGACCUUCAAGCAGAGGAGGAGGAGUCAAAGAAAAUGCUAGGCUUAUGAUUGGUGGACAAAAAAAGACUAUUAUUUCUAUUGGUUGAAUUGUCAACCAAACUCUGAAUUGUUUUCAAAUUGAAACCAUGCCAGGCAGCAGUAUAACAAAGUGUUUGUUUUUGACAAAUUUUAACCCUGACAAAAACUAAUUUGAAAAAUAUUCCACUGGUAAGGAAAACAAUUUAUUUCACCAUGUGUUUAAUAUAGUUCAUACUCUACAGUACCUGGCAAAAUUAAUGCAAUAGAGUGGGUUUAGAAGAAAGUCGUUUAUCACUGUACAUAUCAUCAAUCAGCAAAAUUGAAUGAAUAUACAUGUUCAUGUAAAACACACAUCUCAUUUUUCAUGCAGCUUUGUGAUGUGUGCAUUUAUAAUGUAUAUACAAUGCAUAUUUUUGUAUAACAAAAUCUUCAAAUAAAGUCUCAACUUUU